AUGAAAAUUGAUUCAGAACGUAUUGCAGCUAGACUUAGAAUUGAACAAGAGAUUCUUAAUGAUAAAUUAGAACAAAAUAAUAUUAGUAGAAGUAGAAGACAAUUGGGUGGUGGAAACCCGGCAGAAAUUAAUAUUCAAGUCACAGCACCACUAUUUUCAAGUCGUCUUUUUGAGUAUGGUAUCGAUGCGGGAGAUGAUGAAUUACCCCAACAAUUAGAUGCUUAUAAAAAAUUUUCACUUAGAUAUCCAAUUAAAUUUUAUGGAAGAGAAUAUACAACAAUUAAUAUUUUGGCAAAUGGAGCUAUUGGAUUGGAUGAAAAUUCAAAAGUAUAUAAAUUAAAUGUUCUUCCAGGAAAUAUGAAACUUAUUGCUCCAUUUUGGAAUAGAAAUAAUCUUUUAACUGGUGGAGCUGUAUAUUUUAGAGAAAUUACAUCUGGACGUGUUUUAGAAAGAGGACAAAGUGAAAUAAGAUAUCAAUAUGAUAAGUCAAUUCAUGUAAAAUCAGCUGUUGUAAUAACAUGGGACCGUAUGCAACCUGUUGGGGAUAAAGUAUUACCAGAAGAGAAUACCAAUACAUUUCAAAUGGUUAUAUUUAAUACAGAUGAUGGAAGUUAUGCUAAUUUUGUUUAUUCAAAUAUUGGAUGGACUCAGGGUGCUGAAGCUGGUUUUAGUAAUGGAAAUAAUCAAGAUCAUUUUGCAUUACCAACAUCAGGAACUGGAAAUAUUAUGUAUCUUGAGGAAUAUGGUAAUACAGGAAUUCCAGGUGAAUGGAUGUUUGAAAUGGGUGAUAAAAGAAUUAUAAGAUGUAAACUUGGAAUUAAAGGUAAUACUUGUGAUGAACAAUGUCCUCCUGGAGAAUGGGGUUCAGAUUGUGCUAAUUGUUGUCAUUGUCAAACUGGAAGUUGUAAUACAUUAAAUGGAGAAUGUGCUGUUGGAAUUUGUAGUGAAUGUUACACUGGUCCAUCAUGUUCAAUUAGAAAAGAUAAUUGUCAAAGUUUUAGUAAUUUAACUUCAUGUGCAUCAAAUGCCAUUGCAUUUAUUGAUUUAGAUAAAUGUGGAGAACCUCAACAAAAUUGUAAAUGUAUGUCUGGAUAUGAAGGUGAUGGAUAUCAUGUAUGUACAGAUAUCAAUGAAUGUAAUGAUCCAAAAGUUUGUCAUGAAGAUGCUAUAUGUACAAAUACUCCAGGAAAAUAUUUUUGUCAAUGUAAGGAUGGAUACAUUGGUGAUGGAAUAACAACAUGUGAAAGUAAUUUUCUUUACAAAGAUACAACUGGUAGUGUUCAAGAACUUCAUAAAUCAAAGAAUUCUAAAAUAACUUGGCAAUUAAGAAAUCCAUUAGUUAUUUUUGGUAUUCUUAAGAAAGACAUUCUUAUAACAUCAACUGGUUUAAUUUCUUUAGUAAAAAAUCCUUCUCAAAUAGAUAUUUCUAAAUAUUUUAAUGAAAAUAGUCAUUUAGAAAAUUUGGAUGGUCAAAUAAUUGCACCAUUUUAUGCUCCGAUUGAUUUAUCCAAAAACGGUCGUGUAACAAUUUCUGAAACUAAUGACCCAAAUUUAUUAAAAAGAGCAACUAGAACUGUAGCUGAUAACAUACCAAAUAAUGAAAGUUUUAUGGCAACUAGCUUAUUUAUUGUUACUUAUCGUGAUGUUACCUCAUUCUUUAAUCCAUCACUUAAAAAUUCUUUUCAAAUUGUAUUAAUUGGAGGAAGAUCUAGAAAUGGAGAUGAUGUUACAUAUGCUCAUAUAUUAUAUAAAGAUAUUUCAUGGAGUGAAAAUGCUGAAGCUGGUAUUAUUUCAAGUGAAAAAGAUUCUUUUGUUCUUCUUCCAGGUUCUGGUGUUGAUAGAUUAGAUCAACUUGUUUCUACUUCAAAUAUCAACCUUCCUGGAGAAUGGGUUUAUAAAAUUGAUAAACAUCAAAUAUCAAGUUGUUUAAAGAAUACUCUUCAACCACCUUAUUGUGAUAAAGUAUUACAUCAAAAUAAAAAUAUUCCAUUAAGAGUAGAAAAUUCUAAUACUUUCAAAAGUCUCUCAACAAAUCCCACACCAUUAAAAGUAACAGAUACUUCUGAAGAAACUACAAAAGAAGAGGAAGAUGACUUGGAUACAGAUUCAUCUGUUGUUACUUUCCCACCAUUCUUAACAGUUAUUCCUCAAAUAAUGGUUUCCUCAGAAAAACCUAAAUUGUCAAUUAAUAAAAAUUCUCAAGUAAUAGAAAUUUUAAAUCCUGUUCAAAAAAUUGUUCCAGAUACAAAUUUUAUUACUAGUGAAAAGUCAACGAAAAAAGUACUUUCAACAUCAUUGCCUCAAAAGACUACUGUUACUUUAACAUCAACAAUUCCUACAGAAGAAAGUACUACAACUCAUUCCUCAAUUAUUAAAUCUAAACCAACUGAAACACUUUUUGCCAAUGAUGAUGGUAGUCAUAUUACACAAGGAAAACCAAUUUAUAUAUUUACUACAGCUCGUCCACUUCCAACAAAAACUACUAAUAUUAAUUCAUUAAGAACAACACUUUUACCAUCUAUAUCAAAAUCAUCUUCACAAUCAAAAAAUGCUCAAUUUGAUAUUACAAAAAGUAAUAAAGAAAGUACUAAUUCAUCAUUCUUCUUUAUAUUUACCGUAUCUGGAGUUAUUGCACUUUGGCUUCUUAUUGUUAUUAUUAUGGGAAUUGUUAUAUGUUGUAAGAAACGUAAGAGUCAAGUUGGAUUUGCUACAAUAUAUGGACCAGCAUAUCAUGUACACCCAAUUACUAAUACUUUAAGUGCCCCUUAUGGAAUGGUAAGAAAAAAUUCAACAACAGGUUAUGAUGACUAUGAAGAUGGUGUUGAUAAACAAGCUAGAUUAUCAAAUGAGUUUUCUUCAUAUAAUCAAACUACUGGAAGAAUUUCUUUAUAUGGAUCUCAUUGGAAUCUUCCAACACCUUUAGCUGGUGCUCAUAUUGGUCCAGCUGCAUUUAUUAAUCCAAAUAUUCGCUUCCAUGAAGCUUUACAUCAUCAUAAUAAUAUAGUUAUUCCAUCUAGUGGUGGAUAUAACUAUUCUGUUAAUUCACAUGCUACAACAUUAAGUAUGGGAAAAAAUUUUGAUGGAGUAAGAAAACUUGGAAAUUUAAAUGGAAUGAAAAAUCAACAAAUGAUUAAUGGACAUGGUGGAAGUUUAAAUACAGAUUCUACAAUAUCUGAUUCAAUAUCAUCAACUCCACCACUUAUAAAUGAUACUAAUCAAAGAAUGUCUCCAAAAAUACUUACUGCAACUUCAAUGGAACCAGCAAAUACUAAGGUACUUCACCAAACCAAAGAUACUCACAAGGAACAAGUGGAUUCAUUAAUUCCAGAUAUUAAAAGAAAUAUUCAAACUUCAUCAACAAAGACUUCAUAUUUUCGUGAAAAUCUCAUUUAA